AACUAUGGAAACGGGUGAUACUAACGCUUUGUGUUACCACUUUGUUUUUCCGGCUUAGUAUAUUGAACUGAAACGGUUGCAACCGAAGCUGAUAACUCUCUAACUUUAAUGCUGUAGAUACCGAUUUGAUUUUGUUGAGUGUAUUACGCAUAUAAAGUCAUCAGUGAUGGACAUUUCAGCGCGCCAGAAUGCAGCUCUGACCCACGUGAACCAGUUUUGGUCCAUGCUUGAUGAUCUCUCCCAAAAUAAUCCUGAUGAGUACAAGACGUUUAUCAAACGCCAGAUGCGAGACAGUACUGACUAUUUUUCGCCUCCGCAGCCGAACAGCUGCAUUCGCACAUCUGUGCAGCCACACGAUGGGAUACUGUAUGUGAAUGUCUGUGGUUGGAAGCGUGUCCCAGCACCGGCCUCUCCUACCCAACCUGUUCCUGUGUGCGGAGGAAAACUGGAGACCUUUACUAAACACAAAGAGGAUUACCAAAUAGUGGAGGUGGCAUUCAACCCAGAGGUUCUUCAUGAAGCAGAGAAAAACCCACAAGGCAUGCAGCAGAUACACUUACUGGCUCUACACUUCAUCCAAAAUCAGCAUAACCUAAACCUGUCACAACAGUUCACUGUCAUGAGGGCCAAACUAAAGGGCACUGUGCAGGAUAUGAAACACCGGCUAACAUCGCUACAUCAGACUACUAAAUCCAGAACACUAAACCAGGAUAAUCCACAAACUAAAACAGCUCAGUCAUUAGUUCAGCAGGUCUGUGCACUACGAAUGGAAGACGAGAAAGAGGAGUCCAGCAUUAAGCUGAAUCAGGGGCCGAAGGACAAAGACACAGUCAAGCCAGGUCUGAUUGAGGUGAUCUCCAGCACUGAGUUUGUUCAGCCUCAAAAGCCAAUACAUCAGAUGACCGUGUGCUCACUGAGCAAUGACUCAGUCAGGAGAAUAAAACUGUGUGUAGAACUUCCUGGAGUAAGCUCUGUGUCCCAGUGCCAGCUCAGCAUCAGCCAGGAUGACAUCCUGCUGGAAGUGGAGAAGAUGUAUUUUCUUAAUCUCCGGUUCCCUGAGCGAGUGAAAGAGGAAUCGUGCCAUGCAACAUUCAACAAGAAGAAGCACAUACUGACUGUCCAAGCAUAUGUACUGUAAUUACAAUAAGUAGUUUUCCUACAAAUUAUCAUUUGCUGCACACAGCAUCCCGAUGUGAAUCAUCAGUGUAUGCACUGUAUGCUACAUUAAGGUGCUUAUCAUUAAUGACUUGUUGAAUGUAAAAGAGUUAGUGAACUCAA